AUGCCUGAACUUCAUAAACGCCAGGGUCCUGGCAAAUUUGCUGAUACAGGCCCUCAGAAUGUUCUCCCCCACAAGAUUACUUCUCUAUUGCCUUCGGUGCUGUCUGGAUUUGGCUAUUCUCGUCCAGUAAUCCUGAUAUUUCUUGCUGUCUUUGCGGCGUGGUUCCUAUCCUCCGAGGAAACUUCGUCACUCUCACAUUCAUACGCAAUUUGCUCUUCAUCGGGUGCUCGUGUUUACACUGUGGAUCAUGUCGUGCCAAACGUCCAGUGCCUUGUUGUGGAUGGGUCUUUAAUACUAGACAUCGGUUCCUUGGAUGAUGUAAUGGCGCGUUGGGUUGCCAGAGGUCGCCUUCGUUCUUCUCUUCAAAUACGUUAUUUGGACAAAUCUUCGAUCGUAGUUCCGGGGCUUAGUGAUUCACAUGCACACAUUCUCGAAUACGGUGCAAGUAGGCAACUUCUUCUUACAAAUGCCAAGACGAUCAAAGACACAGUUGCACUCGUCCGACAAUAUAUUUUGGACAAUGAUGACAUACUCAAUGACUCUUCAAAAUUUAUUGAGGGUUGGGGAUGGGACCACACUUCUUGGCCAGUGGAAGAAUGGCCAACCUGGGACGAUCUAGAGAUGGACCCGAUAGUCCGCGGCCGGCCAAUCAUCCUACAAAGCAAGGACGCUCAUGCAUUAUGGAUCUCGAAGAAGACUUAUGCAUUAAACUCUCCGUGGCCAUCGGAAGUAGAAGGUGGUGUCGUCAUCAAGGAUUCAUUUGGCGAUCCAACCGGUGUUCUUCUUGACAAUGCUCAGGACCUUGUGGAGAUACCAGCUCCGACUGAACAGGACUUGUUGAGGCGUUUCAAUACUGCAGUCAAUGAUGCCUUGUCUUAUGGUUUGACCUCCAUCCACGAUGCGGGGCUCAAACCUAUUUCGCUCGAGUUUUUCAGAAGGUUUACUAAACGUCCUGGUAUUCGAAUUUAUGGGAUGAGAUAUUUCGAGGAAAACGGUCCUUAUUGGGGAAAUAUCUCAAAACCUAUCAUCAAUGCAGGGGAUGGCAGGCUAAAUGCUCGCAGUGUCAAGAUCUUUGCUGACGGUGCUUUACGCUCUGGUGGAGCAGCGCUCAACGAGCCAUAUUGCGAUCAUCCCCACACGAAAGGAUUCAUGCGUUUGGACGCCAAAGUUUUGGCUGAUGUUGUACCCAAAUUUUUAAGAGAUGGAUGGCAGGUUAACGUUCAUGCAAUUGGGGAUUAUGCCAACGGUGUGGUUCUGGACACAUUCGAGACGGCCUUGAAGGACGUAAAUGUAACUGCCCUCAGACCUCGCCUAGAACAUGCUCAAAUCCUCACAAAAACCGACCUGAAACGUGUCGGAAAGCUCGGAGUUAUUUCAAGCAUUCAACCUACGCAUGCUAUCAGUGAUAUGUGGUUUGCAGAAGAACGCCUUGGCUCUGAGCGAGUAAAGGGUUUAUAUGCCUUCCGCUCCUUACUUGAUCAUGGCUCUCGACUUGCCUUUGGCUCUGACUUCCCAGUGGAGGACAUGAACCCGCUCUCUGGGUUCUAUGCAGCCAUUACGAGACUGUCUCCUGAAGGACAAUCACCCAGCGGCCCGUCGGGAUGGUUUCCAGAACAGCGGUUGACUCGCAUGGAAUCCUUAAGAGGCAUGACGAUCGAUGCUGCAUAUGCUUCGUUUACCGAAGACAGCCUGGGUUCUCUUGUUCCUGGAAAACGGGCGGACUACGUGGUGCUAUCACAAGACAUCAUGACUAUUCCUGUUGAUCAGAUUUUAAGCACCAAAGUUCAGGCUACGGUGAUUGAUGGACGUCUUGCCUUUGGACAGGUUUAA